CCAAUUUCACACGUUACAUACUUACUAGACAGUUGACAAAAAACCGCAUUGAAAGAAAUCCAGAAUCCCCGUCCGCAGAAGCCAGAGAUGGAUUUGUCAUUUUGUCUUUUAUGAGGUAAAGUCGGAAUCAUCUUUUUUCCCAAACUGCAGGAGCCAAGAUUGAGGAAAUGAGCAGAGUGUCAUGACAUUAUUUGGAGUUCAUCAUCACCACCUUAUAUCCCUCAAGACCCUCACUAACAUCAACAAAAAAUACCAUUCUCCAACGAUUCACAAAAAUCCAAUCCAAUCAUCAAUACACAUCUCCGUUCCUUGGAUCUCCUUCAACUACCAUUUCCAUUUUCUCACUAAACCCAUACCUCCCAAAUCUUCAAAACUUCACUCACUUCAACAACCCUCCAACAAUAACAAAUUUUCACCUGAAGGCAUUCUUCUGCUUAUUUACUUUAUAACUUUUCUUUCUCUUCGUAUUUUAUCAUCAAUACUUCCUUCAGAUUUCUCAAAUAGAUGGAAUAACUUAAUCGCUUUUUCUGAAGAAGCUGAAAUUAGAGUUUGUGAUAAAUAUCCUUCCCAUUUGUCGCAAGCUAUUGUUGCUUCUGAAAAUCGUCGAUUCUUUCGACAUUGCGGGGUUGAUUUUAUUGGCAUUGCUCGUGCAGUUUCAUCUUGGUCUAGUAAGGGAGGUGGGAGUACUAUCACUCAACAGCUUGUGAAAAACACCUUGUUGAAAAAUGAGCGCACCCUAUCACGGAAGGAAGGCCGUUGAGAUGGUAUUGGCGAUCUUAUUGAAGAGAAGGAUUUCUAAGUGGAAAGUUCUUGCGUCCUAUAUGAGUAAGAUAUACUGGGGACAUGGCAUCUAUGGAAUUGAGUCAGCAUCCUAUUUCUAUUUUGGGAAGCACCCAUCACUUCUUAGUUUGGGCGAAUCUGCAAUGCUCGCUGGAAUUAUACCAGCACCUGAGUCUAGAUCUCCAGUAAGGUACAUGAACAGAGGGAAAACCUUCCAAGUAAGAGCAUUGAGAAGGAUGGUGGAAGUUGGCUUUCUUGAUAUUCAGUCAGCGCUUGUUAUUGUGGAGGAGCCUCUUCAUUUAUCCAUUGGCGCUCCACAGAACUCUAAUAAACUUUAUCUGUCUAAGAAGGAAAUAUAGAGCUCUGGUAAACAAGGAGGCAGAAGCUCAACUAAUCCCACUAUAUGGGACUGGGAAAGAGAGAGCUGUAUGUGGGAACUAAGAGAAUACAUGGAAAGAUGGGCACUAAGGAUUGAGAAAAGGAAAAAUGGAUUUGGAGAAGAAAUGUCAGUCAUAUUUUUCUUUAAAGGCAAAUUAAACUCUUUAUUGGUUAGUUUAUCUGCUCCAUUAUCUCAAAAAGUGUCUCCUUGACUUGUACUUUCCUCAUUGAUAAAUAAAAAACAAAAUCAAGAAAUUUGAGUUACAUAUCCUCUUGUCCAGUUGGCUGCAAUUCUUGGAGAUCUUUUGCAAGGGUUGAAUAAUUUCCUGGAAUCCCAGGCAGCCACAACCGGACAAUUGCAUAAUUAUUUAGUGUAAUAGUGGGACCCCCUAGUGAGAAAAGAGUUCAGUCCGUCUGUAAAUGACAUUUCUACUUUUAACAGCCUGGAAUUUGGGUUGAAAAUGAAGUAAGCUUCAGUUAAUGGUUAUCAUGGCGAAAUUUCCUGUAAUCUAAACUGGGUUAUUAAAGCUUUCGAUAAUCCUUCCUCUCCAAUGAAGUCAUCAAAUCUUAUGUCAAGUAAGAAGGUAGCCGUGAUUGGUGCUGGUGCCUCUGGGCUGGUUGCAUCUCGUGAAUUGCGCAGAGAAGGUCAUGUUCCUGUUGUCUUUGAGCGCAAUAACAAUGUGGGAGGAACAUGGAUUUACAACCCUGAAGUCGAAUCAGAUCCAUUGGGAGUAGACCCAUCUCGAACUAUUGUCCAGAGUAGUGUGUAUGAUUCUCUCAGAACAAAUCUCCCAAGAGAAUCCAUGGGUUUUCGGGAUUACCCAUUUGUUGUAGUAGAAGAAAUGAUGAUGAUCAAAGAUGAGAAAAAAGAGACUAGUAGUAGAACAGGGGAUAAUAGAAGGUUUCCUGGUCACAGGGAAGUAUUAAAUUAUUUGCAAGAUUUUGCUAAUCAUUUUGAACUCAUUGAGUUGAUUCGGUUCGAAACCGAGGUAAGUCAUGUCAGCUUAUUGGAUGAUCAGGAGGGGGAGAAAGAGAGGAAAUGGGCAGUAAAAUAUAAGAGAAGAUCAUCAUCAUCACCACCUGCUUUUGUUGUGGAUGAGGAGGUAUUUGAUGCUGUAGUUGUUUGCAAUGGCCAUUAUACUGAGCCACUUAUUGCAGAAAUUCCAGGUAUUGAUACAUGGCCAGGAAAGCAAAUUCAUAGCCAUAAUUACAGGGUUCCUGACCCCUUCCGUGAUCAAGUUGUGCUUUUGGUAGGAAAUUCUUCUAGUGGUGAGGACUUAUCCAGGGACAUUGCAGGGGUCGCCAAAGAAGUUCACAUUGCAUCAAAAUAUUUAACCAACGGAAUACCUACAAAGCAACUUGGCUAUGAUAACAUUUGGCUUCAUUCCAUGAUAAAGAGUUCCCACGAGGACGGCACAAUUGUCUUCCAAGAUGGAACCUCAGUUUUGGUCGAUGUUAUUCUACACUGCACAGGGUACAAGUAUACUUUUCCCUUUCUGGAGAUAAAUAAUAUUGUGACCGUGGAUGACAACCGAGUAGGGCCUUUAUAUAAACAUGUUUUCUCGCCAUUAUUGGCUCCAGGGCUUUCGUUUAUUGGGUUAAUUUGGAAGGGUACUCCAUAUCCUAUCUUUGAAUUACAAAGCAAGUGGGUUGCGGGUGUUUUAUCCGGUAGGAUUUUGCUUCCAUCUCAAGAAGAGAUGAUGCUGGAAGUAGAAGACUUCUAUUUGAAACUGGAAGCUGCCGCAGUGCCAAAACGUUAUACUCACAACACACUCGACUAUCAGUUUGAGUACAGUGAUUGGCUUGCUGGAGAAUGUGGAUUUCCACUUUCAGAGGAAUGGAGAAAACAAAUGUUCGAGGCAGUUGUCAAGAAAAGAAGAACCAACUUAGAAGCUUAUCGCGAUGAAUGGGAAGAUUACAACCAUUUAAUAGUGCAAGCACAAGAAGACUUCCGCCACCAUGUCCAGAUUAAGUUAGCAGAUAAUGAACAACUUCUGUAAAAGAUCAUAAUGAUUGAAUCCAGAUAAUGUACCACCCGGGAAUUGAAUCCAGGUAUGUACCAUGGCAGGUGUCACAUGCCCAUUUAA